AUGGGCAAUUUCAGGGACCUCGAUGCAAAGCUCCUCAAGAGUGGCGAGUUCUCAGACUGCCAGGUCAAGUGCGACGGCAAGACAUGGAACUGCCACAAGUCCAUCCUGUGCAUGCGCUCGGACUACUUCAGGAGCAGCCUUGGAAAGGACUGGCCGGGCGGCAAGACUGGUGUUGUCGAAAUCACCGACUUCACUGCUGAGCAGAUGGACUGGAUAAUCUCCUAUAUCUAUACUGGUGAAUUCAACUUUGAUAGCGCCCAGAAAACUAACACCAUUCUCAACACCGCUGUCCAGCUCUGGACUCUGGGCGACUAUUUCCUAGUGCCGAACCUCUGCUUCUGCGUCGAGUCGAAGCUUGACGAAUUGAAAGGCCGCACCAAUGCCUUCGUUCCCUGCCCCCAGGAUUGGCUCAAAGUCGGUCGUCUUAUCUACACUGACUACAACGAGGUGGACAAGAUCCACAUCCUGAAGGUCAAAUUUCUCGAGCUUACGCUAGAGAACCCAUAUACCAGAAAGCACAAUCUUCAGAUGCCAGAGUUCAAGACCCUGUGCAAGGAGCGCCCCAACUUUGGCAAUGAUUGCAUGAUGAAGCUUGUUGGUGAUUGCAUCCAAAGGCUUUGGUAA